UUCGCUUCCCCAGCAGAGCAGAGCACCCCCAUCCUUCCCGGAUUCGCCGAUUGAUUCCCCCCUAUCCCAUCCCAUUCCCGCGUCCCAUUCCCAAAUAUCUCCCCCUCCCCUCGCCAUGGGCAGCGCCGCCGCCUCACCGCCGCCGUCCGGGGAGCUGCUGUCGCAGGACGACCUGAAGCGCGUGGCGGCGCACCGCGCGGUGGAGUUCGUGGAGCCCGGCAUGACGCUGGGCCUGGGCACAGGCUCCACCGCCGCACACGCGCUGGACCGCCUCGGGGACCUCCUCCGCGCGGGCGCGCUGCCGGGGGUCGCCGGCGUUCCCACCUCCCUCAAGACGGAGCUCCACGCGGCGCGCGCCGGGAUCCCGCUCCUCCCGCUCGACGCGGCCUCGGGCGCCCGGAUCCGCCUCUCCAUCGACGGCGCCGACGAGGUCGACCCGGACCUCAACCUCGUCAAGGGCCGCGGGGGGUCGCUGCUGCGGGAGAAGAUGAUCGAGGGCGCCGGGGAGCGGUUCGUCGUGAUCGUCGACGAGUCCAAGCUCGUCCCCAGGCUCGGGUGCACGGGCGCCAUCCCCGUCGAGGUCGUCCCCUUCGGCGCGCCCCACACGCUGGGCCUCAUCCGCAAGGUGUUCGACGGAUUGCCGGGCUUCAACGCCAGGCUCAGGAAGGUCAAGAAGGACGCUGGGGAGGUGCCGUUCGUCACCGACAACGGCAACUACAUCGUGGAGAUGUUCUUCGAGGACGGCAUCCGCGGCGACCUGCGCGACAUCAGCGACAGCCUCCUCCGCAUCACCGGCGUCGUCGAGCACGGCAUGUUCCUCGGCAUGGCAACCACCGUCGUCGUCGCCAACAGGGACGGCACCGUCACGGUCCUCCACAAGAAGAAGUAAGCUUAUUUAAACUGUACCCCCCGCCCCCCCCCGGCCGGCGCCGGAGACGGAGACGACCAUGCCGCGCCGGCCAUAGCCCGUACGACGGGAAUCUAAUAACCAGCCAAGAGAAAGAAAAGCGGAGCGAAGCUGCUCAAGUUUUGUUGCUCUCUCCUCCAGUCCUGUUGUCGUACUAGAAUCACUGGUCCAAUUUCAAGGGUAAUAAGUUUUGGAUUGCUCCGAGAUAUCAUCUGCAAGUAGUCAAAUUUCUUGGCCGCUCGCCGUCGGCCGUCGGCCGUCGCCGCGCUUUUGACCUUUACGUUGUGCGAAUAUCUUAUCUGCUGUCCCUAUCUGUGUAUCUGGUGAUGCGGUGAACAUGGACCGGUGCUUUGUGUUCCUCCA